UUGGGUCCGAACGUUGCCAGCCGCGGGACCCUGAGCAGACGCGAAGAUUUCAGAAUGACUUCCAUCCUCACUUAUACUUUUAAAAAUCUUCCCAGUACCUCAAAAUGGGCCCUCAGAUUUUCUGUAAGACCUCUGAGCUGUUCCUCCCAGCUACGAGCUGCCCCAGCUGCUCAGACCAAAUCAAAGAAGACCUUAGCCAAACCUAAUGUAAAGAAUGUCGUGGUGGUGGAUGGUGUUCGCAUUCCAUUUUUGCUGUCAGGCACUUUAUAUAAAGACCUGAUGCCACAUGAUUUGGCUAGAGCAGCACUUUUGGGUUUGUUGCAUCGGACCAGUGUCCCAAAGGACGUCGUUGAUUAUAUCAUCUUUGGCACGGUUAUACAGGAAGUGAAAACAAGCAAUGUGGCCAGAGAGGCCGCCCUUGGAGCUGGCUUCUCUGAUAAGACUCCUGCUCACACUGUCACCAUGGCUUGCAUCUCUGCCAACCAAGCCAUGACCACAGGUGUUGGCUUGAUUGCUUCUGGCCAGUAUGAUGUGGUCGUGGCAGGUGGUGUAGAGUUAAUGUCUGACGUCCCUAUUCGUCAUUCAAGGAAAAUGAGGAAAAUGAUGCUUGAUCUCAAUAAGGCCAAGACCCUGGGUCAGAGACUAUCUUUAAUCUCUAAAUUCAGAUUGAAUUUCCUAUCACCUGAGCUCCCUGCAGUGGCUGAGUUCUCCACCAAUGAGACCAUGGGCCACUCUGCAGACCGACUGGCCGCUGCCUUCGCUAUUUCUCGACCAGAACAGGAUGAGUACGCGCUGCGCUCGCACAGCCUGGCCAAGAAGGCACAGGAUGAAGGACUCCUUUCUGAUGUUAUACCCUUCAAAGUACCAGGAAAAGAUACAGUUACCAAAGAUAAUGGCAUUCGUCCUUCCUCCCUGGAGCAGAUGGCCAAACUAAAACCUGCAUUCAUUAAGCCCUAUGGCACAGUGACAGCUGCAAAUUCCUCUUUCUUGACCGACGGUGCGUCUGCAGUGCUGAUUAUGGCAGAGGAGAAAGCUCUGGCCAUGGGUUAUAAGCCGAAGGCAUAUUUGAGGGAUUUUGUGUACGUGUCUCAAGAUCCAAAAGAUCAGCUUUUACUUGGACCAGCAUAUGCUACUCCAAAAGUUCUAGAAAAGGCAGGGUUAACAAUGAAUGAUGUUGAUGCUUUUGAAUUUCAUGAAGCUUUCUCAGGUCAGAUUUUGGCUAAUUUUAAAGCCAUGGAUUCUGAUUGGUUUGCACAAAACUACAUGGGUAGAAAAGCCAAGGUGGGAUUGCCUCCUUUGGAGAAGUUUAACACCUGGGGUGGAUCACUGUCCCUGGGACACCCGUUUGGAGCCACUGGCUGCCGGUUGGUCAUGGCAGCUGCCAACAGAUUACGGAAGGAAGGAGGCCAGUAUGCUUUAGUGGCUGCCUGUGCAGCUGGAGGGCAGGUAUGUCAUAGCAGGUCCACAGGAGCUUCCGGAAAGUCAUUUUCUUUGAAACAAAGCAAGCUCAUCCAAGAAUGUUUGAUUUAGUUUAGUUUGAAACAUUCUUAGAGUGAUAUUUCCGGUGACAGAUAACCAGAAAUAAAGCAGCCCAUUUUGGGGGGGAGAGGAGUACAACUUUGAUUCUGAUAGUACUUUGGAAGGAAGAUGCUAUUUAAAUCCAAGCUAUUGUUUUUCCUAAAAUAAUGUUUACGUUUUUGUUUUUAGAGGUAAUAUAUGCUCAUUAUGGAAAUACAAAAAGUAUAUAGGAAAAAAAUUAGAAUCACCUAUAAUCCCCUUACCAGACACUAUCAUUAUUAAUCUUUUGAUAUAUUUUCUUCUUUAAUAAUAAAAUUUUGUUUAUCUAGUCACCAUGAGACCUUAUUUAUAAAAUCUCUCCAAGAAGAACACUACCUUUCUGGAGAACUGUACUAUACUUUAAUUGGAGAAUUAAUUUAUCUCUGGAUAACUUAUUGCUGUUUAGCUGGGGGAAAUUGUGUUAUUCUAGAUUUUUCCUGUCUGCCUCACUUGCGUUACAGACCCAACUUCCUACCUGCUAUAGCAUUUCACUCUGAUAAUAAAAUCCAAAAGGAAGACUG